CAACACACUGACUUCUCAGGGGAAGACUACAAGCACCACGGCAACCAUGGAUGUUUCCUACUGCUCUCCUCUCCAGCUCCAGGACAACUCUUUCCUGUUUGAGUCCCUGCUGGACAAGCCUUACGAUCCCCUGGCCUACGAUCCAUCCUUGGACCCGGGUUACUUUAGCGCAUGCAGCAGCAGCCUGUCUCCCACCUCCUCUGUGGACUCCUUCUGCUUCUCUCCCACCUCCCUCCAGGUCGCCGGAAGCGAUCCCAACGCCUUGGAUCGCUUCGUCUUCAAAAGCCCGGCGGCACCUGGCCUCACCCAGGGUACGCAGCCUCCGCCUUGCUCCCGAUUGUCCACCACGAGGAAAUCCAGGUCCAGGUACCCGGGGAAGAAGCGGCAGACGGCCAGCGAGAGAGAGAAGCUGAGGAUGAGGGACCUGACCAAGGCCCUGCAGCACCUCAGGACAUACCUGCCUCCCUCGGCGGCCCCAGCAGGUCAGAACCUGACCAAGAUUGAGACGCUGCGCCUCACCAUCCGCUACAUCUCCUACCUGUCGGCGCAGCUUGGCCUCACCGAGGAGGCCCUGCAGCAGAGAGCCUCUGGGUUUUCGGAGAAGCCCCAAAACCUCAUUGAGUUCUUGGGUCAGCCAGGAGCCGGCUACUGCCGCCAAGAACCAGACUGCUGCCCCACGAGCUCAGCACAUCUGUCCUCUCUGCAGCCCUCACAGCAGGUAUCAAACGACGUUUUCUUCAGCAGCGAGCAGUUCUGGAUGCCACAGCAGCAGCAACUCCAAAACGCUGCCUUCUCUGGACAGAGCUGAGAGACCCGGCCAUCAAUACAUCA